UUCAAGAAAAACACCCACGGCAAACGACCAAUUUUUUGGGAGGCUACUUUCCACUGUUUUACUCCCUUGUGUAAAAAGUAUUCAUCGAAAGUAAAAGGAGACUUUUUUUCAGCAGCGUUGAUAGAACGACUACACGAAAAAUUAGUAAUUUCAUAAAACUCUUGCUCAGGCUGACUUUUAACAAUACUUCCCUUCAACAAAUAUUUUAUUUAAAACUAAAACACCUGUCGAUCCAAUGAAUAUUUUAAUCCUGCCACCCGAGGCGAAAUAAAUUGCCCAGCCAAUAUGUGUUUUAAGAUAAACUUGUAGUUGAUCUAGAGUUAACUUGCCUCUUCCAAGUUUUAGAGAGGUAUGAUUACACUUCAUUUCUACUUUUUAUUCUCCUCAAUUAAUAUGUCAAGUUUUAAAGAAUCUUUAUGUCAUAAACCACAGAUAAGAGGUACGUUUGUAAUUAUGCUGCAGGUAGGAUUACGAAACCUCGUUUUAAUUUCCUAUAAUACUUGUCUGUCUCCGCAGCACGAACAUUGUAAAGGCAAACCCCUUGAGUAAUAAAUAUAAUUUUUUUUCGACUAACUUUCGUUAACAUUUUUUCGUUGUUGUUUUUUUUGGUGGUAACAAAAGCCUUUGAAAGAAAUUUCCAUUCUUUUUAUUAUAAUUAUUCCUAAACGACUACUCAAAGUUUUCUUUUUUCUCCCGCCUACUAACUUUCUAGUGUUUAUUCCCUAUAAAAACAACAUUGCCUUCGAUAACCAACCAUUAUUCUGUUGCACUGCGUGGGAUUCGACUUACAAACGAUUUGCAGAUGCUACAGUUUGGCGCCAUAAAGAUUUUGCAUUGAUAAUUUCCAUCAUUUGGGAGAAUCGUCAUCUGUUCAAUUAUAAAUAUCAAAUCUCUAAUCAACUUUCAAAAUAAAAACCUGUCUUGCGUCGUAUCGAUGUCAUUUGUCUUCAGUUUUUCUCAUGAAACCAAUUUCUUGCUUAGAGAAAAAACUAUAUGAUAUGAACACGACAAGCAAGCAAAAUUCUACUUUGGAUGACGACUGUUCUGGUGCACUAAAAAAUGCUGAAAUCGUAAUUUUGUCAGCGAUGAACAGUGUGUUGGCGCUUAUCUCCGUUGUUGGAAAUGCACUCAUUUUGGCAGCCCUUUACAGAGUUCAAAGCCAGAGGACCCCUUCAAAUGCGUUCGUUGCUUCUAUGGGAGUCGCAGACUUCUCCGUAGGUCUGUUUAUGAACCCGCUCUGGGUUGCAAAGAGUGUCUUGAACAUCUGGAAAAGUGACAACCAUCUUUCGACAGCCAUUGAAGUUUUGACGAUGCAGACAAUUGUAGCCACUACCUUCAGCUUAUGCGCAGUGAGCGUGGAUCGCUAUAUAGCAGUGACUAAAAUGCGUUAUAUCGAGAUUAUGAGUUGGAAACGCAUCCGAAUCAUAAUCCUUCUCAUCUGGACCUUUUCCAUACUGUUUGCGUGUUUCCGUCUCCUUAUUACAGAUCCCCUUCAGCUACCAAAGCUGUGGCUGGCCGCUACAGUAAUCACUGUCGUAGCGCCUUUAACACUCAUCUCCAUCUGUUAUUAUCAUAUCUUUAAAGCAGCUCGCUUUCAAAUUAGAAAAAUUUCAGCCUCUGAAGAAACUAGGAUUAGUGUCGAUCAAGCUCUCAUGCAGCUUAAGCACCGUAAGGCAGCUUUAACAAUAGGAAUUGUUGUUGGCGUUUUCACAAUUUGUUGGACCCCAAGUUUGGUGAUCUCUCUCGUUCAGUUCUUUACUGUUAAUAAUUGCCAGAAGCUUAUGAUAAAUGGCUACUGGUUUUGGGGAGCGCUGGCAGAGUUUAGCAACUCGGCUCUUAAUCCUUUCAUAUAUUGCAUGAGAAGCAGAGACUUCAGGAAGGCUGUAAAGAAGGUGAUUGGUGAUUGUGUCUACUAACUGUAAUUUUCACCGAUAAUGAGCUUUGAAAUAACUAGACAAGUACGCAGUUUCGAUGCGAAGGCUGCUGAGUAAAGGAUAAUUUGCAUUAAGAAUUUGUCACUUAGAGGUUUAAAAUCGAAGUUUUUACGACUUUUCCGCUUAGGCCGGUAAGUAUCAAAACCUCCUUUGAUACCAUCAAUAUUGACGAACGAUAUUCGCGCGAAAAGCCUCACUAAGAUCAAUUUUAUUAGUUAAAAUUUCAGGUGAAAAACUUUUAUAGCCAAAAUAUGUUUUACAUCAAGUAUAAUUGAACGAAACAACAAAUACGUUAGCAUAAUUAUAAAGACUAUCUGAAACUCCAAACAAUGUUCCCAAUAUAUAAAUUUUAAAAGAUAGCUUGGUUUUUUAUGUCAAUAUGAUGAAUUAUUCACUCAGCACUUUGUGUAAAAAGUGUAUCUCCCUUCAAAUACGCCCCACAUCUAAGCCAAGAUCUUUUUUAUCUAUAAUUUAUUGCAAAAUGUAACUGUCAAAAGAACAAAGAAAAAAGACUGGCAAACAUUA